UUCAUAAUUUUAAAUAAAUUAAGCUUCAAGUUCCAUGCACCGCCCCUGGAACUGUAUGUGGCCGUAUAUAUCGUUGCGAACUCGAAAAAAUACCAAAUAUACUGAGAACUUCUUGCAACUUGAAUUUAUUUGUUAUGAAUUCUUUCACUGGUUGAUGUCUCCCAAGAUUGAGCCAAUAUACUUGUAUCCAAGGCUCCUUUAAUUCCAAAUAAUGCGGCGCCACCUGCAGUGGAACAUUAAACAGUUAACGGCCAGCUAUGCUGAUGGACAGCUCUCGCCUCGCCGGUUGACGGAACAGGCUCUGGAAGAUGCUAAAAAUCUAAAAACCUUGAAUGCUUUUGUGCGUCUCACCCCUGAGAAGGCGCUUCAACAAGCAGAAGACUCCCUGAAGCGCUAUCAGAGCAAGAAACCCAAAGGAAUCCUAGAUGGAGUCACGAUCGCUAUUAAGGAUAACUUUUGCACUGAAGGCAUCCCUACUACCUGCGCUUCCAAGAUGCUGCAGGACUUUGUGCCCCCGUAUGACGCAACCGUGUGUUCCCGCCUGAAAAAAGCCGGAGCCGUGCUCCUGGGAAAGACCAAUAUGGAUCAGUUUGCCAUGGGUGCCGGCACUGUGGAUUCCUUGUACGGUCCCACCAAAAACAUCUGGAGCGAGGAUCUGGAAGAAGACCGUUGGCGCAUCGCGGGUGGCAGUUCAGGCGGAUCUGCCUCAGCUGUUGCUGCUGGAAUUUGUUAUGCGGCGAUUGGAUCGGACACUGGUGGCUCCACCCGCAAUCCAGCCUCUUACUGCGGCGUGGUAGGCUUGAAGCCAACCUAUGGCCUGGUCUCCCGACAUGGUCUUAUACCGCUAGUAAACUCCAUGGAUGUGCCCGGUAUUUUCGCCCGAUCUGUUAGUGACUGCGUCGAUGUCCUAAAUACUGUGGCUGGUCCGGAUACACUGGACUCGACGACUAUUAGAAAACCCUAUGAACAUCUUAGUCUUCCAGAGAUUGAAAAUAUUGACCUAUCCACGGUACGGAUAGGAAUUCCAAAGGAAUAUCACUGCGAAGGCCUCUCCUCCGAAGUGUUGGAGACAUGGUCCAAAGUUGCGGAUCUAUUGGAGUGCGCCGGAGCCUCGGUGCGGCAGGUCUCUUUGCCAAACACAGCAGCCAGUAUAUUCGUUUAUUCUAUUUUGAAUCAGUGCGAGGUGGCUAGUAACAUGGCUCGUUACGAUGGAAUCGAGUACGGGCACCGAGCUACCGACGAGCGCAGCACUGAGCAGCUGUAUGCCCAAUCCCGAGCCGAAGGGUUCAACGACGUGGUCAAGACACGCAUCCUGACAGGCAACUUUUUUUUGUUGCGAAAGAACUAUGACCUCUACUUUGAGAAAGCCUUGCGGGUGCGACGCCUUAUUGCUGAGGAUUUCGCCAAGGUUUUCGAGGCCUCCCAAGAAGAAGACCGAGUGGAUAUCCUACUCACGCCGACAACUCUUACCGACGCCCCGCUGUACAAGGACUUUGUCGGCCUUACCAAUAGGGACCAGUGCGCUGUUCAAGACUUUUGUACCCAACCUGCCAACAUGGCGGGUAUCCCUGCAGUCUCCAUACCCAUUCGCUUAUCAAAGUCCGGCCUUCCUCUGAGUCUGCAGCUGAUGAGCAAAAGCUUGAACGAGAAGUUGCUUCUCACUGUAGCUCGAUGGAUUGAGGCUCAGGUGGAUUUUGACAGCCUGCAGCACAUACCACACCUCAAGUCCACUUUAUAAAUGAAACUGCGUUCUAAG